AUGGCGGCGGCGGCGGCUCCGUUGAGGGCCGCUAGCCCCACCAGGCUGGCCUACUUCGACGACAUGUGGGCGCUCAGGUCCCCCGCGACCGUCCUCUCACUCCACCAGGAGGAGGGCGGCCGGACGGCGGUGGUGCUAGACGCCACCAUCUUCCACCCGCAGGGCGGCGGCCAGCCGGCCGACACCGGGGUCAUCUCCGGCGCCGCCUGGAGGUUCCUCGUCGAGGAUGUGCGCGUCAAGGACGGGGUGGUUUUCCACUACGGGCGAUUCGAGGAUGCUGGUGGAGACGGGUGCAGACCAGAGCUCGACAAAGGGCAGAGCGUUACCUUAGAAAUCGACGCCGGUCGGCGUAGUCUGAACUCAAGGCUUCACUCUGCAGGGCAUUUGCUGGACAGUUGCAUGACCAAUCUUGGCCUUCAGUUGGAACCUGGGAAAGGAUACCAUUUCCCUGAUGGACCUUCUGUUGAGUAUAAAGGAGUUAUUCCACCAGAUCAAUUGCAGGAUAAGAAAGCUCAGUUAGAGAAACAGGCAAAUGAACUGAUUUCGAAAGGAGCCAAGGUUUUAGUCUCUGUUUUUCCUUAUGAGGAGGCAGCUAAACUAUGUGGAGGUGCUCUGCCUGGCUACAUUUCACAAGAUAGCACUCCCCGCAUUGUGAAAUUUGGUGAGUAUCCUGGUUGUCCUUGUGGAGGCACUCAUGUAGCCGAUGUUGCAGACAUUGGGAACCUAAAGGUCACAAGUAUCCGAGUCAAGAAAGGCGUGACUAAAGUCUCCUACAGCAUCAGCCCAUAAUUUUUUCUGCACAUCUCUCGCGUCUAGAAUUCGCUAGAGAAUUGAAAGAAUAGUUAUGUAGUGGAUCAAAAGGCUGGCAUGAUC